UUGGAAACUCCUGUUUGACUGAACCGAACAACUGCAGAGGAUUAACUAAGAUCUUUGACGCAGUGGAUGUUUUCAGGUGUAAUGGAACGCUGUAACUUCCAGGUUUUCAGCCUCGUGUGAAUGAAAUGGCCGAGGGUCAUGACAUCUGUGACAACCAAACAGAAGCUCCAGGGGCCUCCGGCUCUCCUCUCCUGCCUCGCAGGUGCAGCUCCUCCCAAACGUUGCUGCCAGUUGAAUCUCCUCUGCGACCGCCCUGGCCCGAUCCUCACUCAGAGCAGGAUGACUUCCCCACCAGGAUGCCUUCAUCUCGUCUGUAUGAGGAACUCUUCUGUGCCGGCCAGACUUCCAUACCACUGGCCCCGCUGGUUGGCGCCUUCAUGGCCGCCUCUGCGCCGCGGAGUGACGUGGUGAAGCAGGGUUAUCUGGGGAGGCUGGAGCAGAACCACAAAAGAUAUUUUGUCUUGAGAACAGGGAGUCACAUUGGGCCGAGCCGACUUGAGUGGUACAAGAGCCAGGAGAAGUUCACAGCGAUGGAGAAAUCUGCUGGAAAAGCUUCUCUGUUUGGGUCGAACAAACAAGGGGUGAUUUACCUGCGCUGCUGCCUCGGUGUGAGCCGCAUCGGUAAUUCCCGUAAAGGCCACACGGUGGCCCUGUACGCCAAAGAUCAGACGAUGGUCCUGGUGAUGGAGGACCAGCAGCAAAAUGAAGACUGGUAUGUGGCCAUCAAGAUGCUGAUGGAGGAGGAGCAGAAGGAUGAGGAGCAUGACGGGCUCAACGAAGAGGAUGAUGGCUAUUGCACUCUGCCCUCUGUAGCUUUCUUCAAAGAGGUUUGGCCCGUCACGGUGAAGCCCAGAGGUCUGGGCAGUUCCAAACCCCUGACAGGGGAGAACCGCCUCUGCCUCACAGCCACGUCUCUGGUCUUGGUGCGACUGGGGGCCAGUAAUGACUUGCCAUCGGUCACAAUACCUUUACUAAGCGUCCGCCGCUUUGGCCACCUGGAUGGCUCCUUCUUCCUGGAGCUUGGCAGGUCGGCACCAAACGGUCCUGGAGAAAUCUGGAUGGAGGCAAGGCAACAAGGAAACCCAGCGAUGGCCCAGAACAUUCAUGAAGCGGUUCGUGAGGCAGUGCGAGCGCUACGAGCUCUGCCAGACUACAGCAGAUCACCAAACUCCAGUCACAAUCACCCAUCGGGUCUUAUGGCCUCAAAACGCUGCCGACCCAAAAGCAGAGAGAAGUUAAUGAAUGCCAGACCCCUCGGUCCUCUAGUUCUGCACCGCAGGAACUCUGAGAGCCAGACGAGUCCAGAAACCAGGCUUGAAUCCUCCCCGAUGUUCUCCUCUCAUCUCAGCCCCUCCAGACCCCAGCAGAGCUCUGAACCCGAGACCGGCAGCAGCGUGGGAACGGGAAGGAACACCUGCAGAGCUGCAGGGGGAAGGAUGCAGAGCUGGGAGUCGACUGAGGACGAGGAAGGCCAGGGGUACAUGAUCAUGUCCCCUAAUGUCAGCCACAAUUCAUCUGGAAUAUCUCAGGACGACUACGUUGUCAUGGAGAGUCCACAAAAAUACAACCGAGAGGCGUACUCUUCCUCCUCCUCGUCUUCCCUUCAGACGUCCUUCAGCAGUUUCGCCUGCGACAGCUUCUCGUCUCUGCAUCACUUGCAGUAUCUGAGGACCUCAGUCCAGCAAUCAGAAACAGAAGAUGGCCAAUCACAGACGAGCACCAGCUGCUCGGCUCAACCACAGGAUGAUCCCCAGCAGGAAGAGAAAUCUGCUGGGACCAGGACCGCUCCUCCUUUUGAAUGGUCCGUCCUGGUGGCUCCUUUUGCCUUAAGUGGGUCAGGUGGCAGGAGGCCACCGGAGUCGCGUCAGGACUUGGACACAGGUCAGUCCGGCCGGCUGGAAGCGGUGCCAGACCAGCCUGCUAUUAGAAGAUACUGGCUGUCGGGGUGUCUCUUUUCUUGCCUACAAGGUGAAAACAAAAACUGAGUACUUGAGUAUAUAUCUGUCUUGUUUACAUGUGAAUGAUGUGAACUUGAACUACUAUUUAUUUAAUUGUGGUCAAGGAUUUCAUGUGAAUCCAAAGGCUCGUGGGCGCCGAAAAGGCUGUUUUUGUCUUACCACCUGAUACUUGAGCUGCCCAUUAUCCUUGAAUAAAAUAUAGAUGCCAAGAAAAAAGGAGAAAAAAAAACUAUUGAGUAUUUCAGUGUGACUGUCUGCUGCUCUUGUUUUGUUGUACUGUAUCACACGUUUUGUAGUUCUCAUGCGCAAAUGCUGUAAGACUCAAGGUCUUAACACUGUACUAUUUUUCAGUACUAUAUGU